CUGUACCCGCUCUUUUUCUCUCAGUUUCCACCAUCUUCGGACAAAGCCCUUCAAAUUCAGUCCUCCAAUCCAAAUCCCCAUAAAAAUGCAGGAAAAUAAAUCAGACUCGCCCAACAAAAACCCUAAGAAGGCCAAUCUCCUCGACCACCACUCCAUCAAACACACCCUCGACGAGUCCGUCACCGAGAUCGUGACGGGCCGCGGAUAUGUGGAGGACGUGCGGCUGAGCAAUGUGAGGCUGUUUCUGGGCACCAUCAUCAUCGCCAUCGCUCUCUUCGCUCAGUUUUACAAGAAGAAGUUCCCCGAAAACCGAGAUUUUCUCAUCCUCUGCAUCGUCUUGUAUAUAGUCUUCAAUGCGGUGUUGCAGCUCAUCAUAUUCACCAAGGAGAAGAAUGCCAUUCUCUUUACGUAUCCUCCCGUGGAUUCCUUCACAAGCACUGGAUUGGUGGUCUCUUCCAAAUUGCCAAGAUUCUCUGAUAUGUACACACUUGUGAUAGCAAGUUCAGACCCCAAAUCUAUUUCUGCUAAUCAACCAGUACAGUUCACCAAGAGCGUUACUCAGUGGUUCACCAAGGACGGAGUUUUGGUGGAGGGCCUCUUCUGGAAAGAUGUCGAAGCACUAAUAAAUGAAUAUCAGAGAGAACCAAAAAAGAGCAAGUGAUUGGAAACUACAUCAUAUCGUCGUUGGUGGAGAACCUGGUUGGAACGGAAAGAGCUUUAGUUUAGCUGUGACGCGACUAUAGAUGUAGCUCCUUGACAAUUUUAGCUUGUCUCACCGGUAACUUUAGAAUCGAAAUCAGUUUAAACUUAUAUCUCAUCGUUUACAAGACUUGAAGCGCAUUGACGGAAUUUUUAACAAUUAGGCUAUUUUGUUAUCUGUGGAUGUUAGAGUACUGCUGAAAUGAACUCGGGUAGCGAUUCUAACACUGGUUGUUUAACCUCUGCCUGUGAGUGGAGACUCCACUGUGGAGUGACAAAAUGUAAAGUAAAAGUCAUGUUUCUUAUGAUUAAAGAUGUUAUGCUGAUCGGGUCCGGAUCCCCGCCGGAUCCUCUUUGUGAGGAUCCCGAAGAUCCAUGAAUUAUGUC